GGGAAAGAAAGAGAAAUUGCUAGAAAGAAAAUGGGUUCCGAUUCCGGUGAAAAGCAAAAAUCACAAUAUGCGCUGCUGAACUAUAUAAAGGCAAUGGCGCAGUGGCCCAUUUUAAGAAGAUAUUUGGUCCAACACUCCAACGUAACAGAUUAUGCAUGGUUGAACAAGAUUGUAGACGAUUAUCUAAAAAAGAAGGGAGGUUUUGGAAGCAAUGGGGGAGGGGUGUGGGAGUUGGGUGCACUUACCAUAAUUAACAAAUUAAAAAGUAUGAGUGAAUGUUAGAUGAAUAUGAUAGGAUGAUAUCCGAGGCGGGGCCGGGGUAGUUGCAGUAGGUUUGAAUGAGUAGUAAUAUAGUUGCAGUUGGUUUAUCCAACAAUCUGAUCUAUAUCUGGCUGUGGACGUCAUCAUCAUCAUGUUCAUAUAUAUUGAAAAGGUCCUAACUAAGCAUGCAAUAUUUGUGAGAGAGAGAAAGAUGAAGAAUAAGUUGGUGGUGGCGGUGGUGAGUGUGAUAGUAGUAGCAGCGAGCGUAGUGCUAGAAGGAUGCGAGUGCAGGACAGUGCAAUUCAUAUUUGGGGACUCACUGUCGGAUGUUGGAAACAACAAGUACCUGUCCAAGAGCCUCGCUCAGGCUAGCUUGCCGUGGUACGGCAUUGAUUUCGGAAACGGGCUCCCGAAUGGCAGGUUCUCCAAUGGGCGCACUGUUGCCGAUAUCAUUGGGGAUCAAAUGGGCCUUCCAAGGCCUCCUCCUUUCUUGGACCCAUCCUUGACAGAAGAUGAUAUUUUGCACAAUGGCCUCAAUUAUGCUUCUGGAGGGGGCGGCAUUUUGAAUGACACAGGCACCUAUUUUAUUCAGAGGUUCUCUCUCUACAAGCAAAUUGAGCUGUUCGAGGGGACACAAGAACUAAUAAGAGAGAAAAUCGGGAAAGAGGAGGCAGACAAGUUUUUCAAGGAAGCAAGGUAUGUGGUUGCACUGGGCAGCAAUGACUUCAUAAACAACUACUUGAUGCCCGUAUACAGGGACUCAUGGACUUACAAUGAUGACACCUUCAUACAAUACCUGAUACAAACACUGAGAGGCCAACUCACGGCUCUGCACGCAUUGGGUGCAAGGCAGCUGAUGGUCUUUGGGCUGGGCCCAAUGGGCUGCAUCCCCCUUCAGAGGGUGCUUUCGUCCUCCGCCUCCGGGGGCUGCCAACACAGAACCAACACCCUGGCCCUUAGCUUCAACAAAGCUGCCGCCAAAUUGAUGGACGACUUGGGGAAACAACUUGCCAAUUCAAGCUUCAGAUUUGGAGAUGCUUAUGAUGUUGUCAACGAUGUCAUUUCCAACCCAAACAAGUAUGGUUUUGAAAACUCAGAUUCACCUUGUUGCUCGUUUGGGAGGAUACGACCCGCUCUCACCUGUUUACCAGCUUCAAGGCUCUGCAAAGACAGAAGCAAGUACGUAUUCUGGGAUGAGUACCACCCCACAGACAGUGCUAACCAGCUCAUAGCCAAUGAACUUAUCAAAAAGUUCGGCUUCUUGCGUCUUAAUCAAUCUUCAUCCUCCCCUUCCCCUUCCCCUUCCCCUGCUAUUUGAUUGCUUUUCCCAAACUAUUUCAUAAUUUGUGUUUGCGUUUCAGCUUCAACAAAGAUGAUUAACUGUAAGAGAAACAGCUUAUCGCAUUAGGAAUUAGCUUUAAUUAGUGCAAUGUGGAUCUCUUUGAUAUGACUGAUUGAGUAAAGGUCCAGAAAUAGAUGUCUAAAUCAGGAUCGAGGUUUUGUUACUGCCUUACGGGUGUAUUAUUGUGUGCUCAUGUAAUAUAAUCGUAUGAUCACUACUAUUACAUUUUAUGCAUCAUGGGUCACCUUUAGUUGUAUUCUUCACCUUCUUUAUUAAAAAAUGGCCUUACAAUUUACAUA